AGGUACACCACGUUGCCAAAACACUCUAAACCCUCAGAAAACCCUAAAACUUAUUUUCUUCCUCACUUCACUAAAAUGCGACCACCAAGAGGCGGCGGAUUCGGUAGUCGUGGCCGCAGCGGCGGCGGUUUCAGAGGCGGCAGGGACGGCGGAGGCCGAUUCGGUGGUGGCCGUGGCGGACGCGGUGGCGGCGGCGGUCGUUUCGGCGGUGAUCGGUUCAACGAAGGCCCUCCAGAAGAAGUUGUAGAGGUUUCGUCAUUUGUUCAUGCUUGUGAGGGAGAUGCAGUGACAAAGCUCACUAAUGAGAAGAUACCUUACUUUAAUGCACCAAUUUACCUUCAAAACAAGACUCAGAUAGGCAAAGUUGAUGAGAUUUUUGGUCCAAUUAAUGAAUCUUUCUUUUCAGUUAAAAUGAUGGAGGGUAUUGUAGCAACUUCAUAUGCAGCUGGUGAUAAGUUCUACAUUGACCCUAUGAAGCUUUUGCCUUUAUCCAGAUUUCUUCCACAGCCAAAGGGAGCAAGCGGUGGACGGGGGGGUGGAAGAGGAGGUGGUAGAGGCGGAGGGCGUGGUGGUUCUUUCCGUGGCAGAGGUGCUCCAAGAGGAGGUGGCGGCUUUCGUGGUGGUAGCCGGGGUGGUGGCGGCUUUCGUGGUGGAAGUCGUGGCGGUGGGUUUGGUAGGGGCCGAGGGAGAUCAUAGAACAAGAUUUUUGGUGUUGUUUUGUGAUUUUUAUCUAGUGCACUUGUUUCUUGUAGUUUUGGUUCUAAGUUUUUCCUGCAGUUUCUGUUAUGACAUUUGUUUUUUCAUAUGAAAAUGAUGCUUGAUUAUCCACAAAACAAAUUUUAUUAUCUUCA